AUGGAGCGGAGCGGUUUCGGCAGCAGCGGCAGCCGCGGGCAGGCAGCGCCUCGCCGUGCCCGGCCCCGGCUCUGCAGGCGGCAGCGGGCAGGCGGCUGGCGGCUGCUGCCCCUGCUCUGCCUGGCACUGGCGCUACCGACCCCGGCCUGGGCACUGCCACACCCCCGACACAGCCUGAGCCGUGAGCUGAGCCGCUCCCGGGAGCUGCUGGAGGCUGCCAACGCCUCCCUCCACCGGCUGAAGGAGGUUGACACUCUGGGCUUUGAAUGUGCCCUUGAAGAAGUUGAUCCUGAAGACAUCACCAAGAAUCAAAUGAACACAAUCAAAGCCUGCAUAGCUCAGGACACGGAGACUGGAAACUGCCUGGGACUGGAACCAUCUGCUUUUGAUCCGAGCCAGUGCCUGCAGGGCAUCUAUCAGGAUCUGAAUGCCUACAGGGCAGAGCUGAAGAACCUCAGCGAUCAAAAGGUGCUGGCAGCUAUUGAUGAGAUGAUGAGAGCCCUGAAGCCCAGCAGCAGCAGCAUCCCGCAGUCACCAGCGAGCAAAGGGCUGAUGUCCUUCAAGGAGAGGAUGAAGCUCUGCAGCAUCCUUCAGGCCUUCCAAAUCCGCUCAGUCACCAUCAACAGGAUGAUGAACUACCUGAGCUCCCCAGAGAGCUCCCUCUGAGCCCCAGAACCGUGGGUAGAUGUUUCACCUGUGGAGCAAAAGAAUGGCAGAGUCACUAUGGAGAUGUCUGGAGGCUUUGAGGAGCCCAGCACCUAACUACUUCCUGGGGUUCCUUAAAAUCCAUGAUCCAGCCUUUGGAGCUCUCAGGUUACACUUCUGGAUCUCUAGGAGAUCAGCUGCAUGAUGUCCCCAAAGCACCAAACACUCCACUGGAAUUUGUCUCCUCUCUUUGUUCCUCAGCUGCAAACUGUCUUGACUGGAAGCUUAUUUAUAACAAUUUAUUUAAUGAGGAUGUUUCUUAUUUCUUCUAUUUAUUGCUUAAAGAAAGUGAAAGCUUGCAUUAAAAAGGGGAA